GAAAGAACAGGGGAAAGGGUAAAAGAAGCGCAAAAAUCCCAUCAGUUUUGGUGCGCGAUGGAAAGGAUGUAGUUCAGAUCUGUGGCUGUCUGUGCCCGGAAUGGGAAAGUGGAUUACAGCUCUACUACAGACACGAGGACCGCGGUAGAGACUGGAUACGGAAUGAUCGCGCGAGGAUUUUUUUUUUCUUCUUUUUUUAUAAAUGAGAAGUAUGGGAUCUGAACGCACCGGUUUAAAGCCCUUACUGGGAGUGAAUGAGAUGCCGUGUCGAGGCUAGAGGCAGCGGUGGACUGUUCCAGACUCAGUGGAAAGCCCCUCUAGAUGAGCCAGACACAGCCACCCAGCUGCACGGUAAAGGAAUAAGGAUUUAAUAUGUCAACAGAGGCCGAGCUCCAGCCUGCUGCCAGACCCAGCGUCAGAAAGGAUUCCAAGAAGAGAGGGCAAGACCGCAGUGAGGCAGCUCUGAUAAAGCGCUUUAAGGGGGAUGGUGUUCGUUACAAGGCCAAGCUCAUCGGGAUAGAUGAGGUCACUGCUGCAAGAGGAGAUAAGCUGUGUCAGGACUCAAUGAUGAAACUCAAGGGAAUCGCAGCCUCCGCGCGGUCUAAAGGAGAACACAAACAGAAGGUUUUCCUCACUGUGUCAUUUGGAGGGAUCAAGAUCUUCGAUGAGAAGUCAGGGGUUCUUCAGCACCAUCAUGCAGUCCAUGAGAUUUCCUAUAUCGCUAAGGAUAUCACGGACCACCGAGCCUUUGGAUAUGUGAGUGGAAAAGAGGGAAACCACAGAUUUGUGGCCAUCAAAACCGCUCAGUCUGCUGAGCCGGUGAUCCUUGACCUCCGUGACCUUUUCCAGUUGAUUUAUGAGAUUAAGCAGAGAGAGGAGAUUGAGAAGAAAGCUCAGAAGGACAAGCAGUGUGAACAAGCUGUUUAUCAGACCAUUUUGGAGGAAGAUGUGGAGGAUCCUGUGUAUCAGUACAUUGUAUUUGAAGCAGGACACGAGCCCAUCCGUGACCAAUCAGAGGAGAGCAUAUAUCAGGUCCCUACCAGCCAACAAAAGGAGGGAGUUUAUGACGUUCCAAAGCGACAUCCAAAGAGACAUAAUGAACAGAUCAAUCUCUUGGAACUAGACACUGACCUGUUGCUGGUCACCAAGAAUAUCAACCAGUUAGAACUUUUUGGAGACAUGUCCACCCCUCCUGAUAUUACCUCCCCGUCGACCCCAGCAUCUCCAGCUAACACUUUGGACCCUUCGCUGACCCACCAGCCUGAACUGUUCUCCCCCUUUAACCCUGCCUCUGUGCCCUCAGGUUAUGUGACGAUGGGAGCUGUGCCACCGGCAUGGGCACAGCAACAGUUUGCCUCUCAGGCUCCAUUAGCAUUUGGUGUCCAGUCCCCAGUGCAAGUUGCCCAGGUCUUACCAGGUGCUCAGCCUCUGAUCUGGGGCCAGGCCAACCUUUUCCCUGCCACUCAGCAACAGUGGGCAGCAAUGGCAGGGGCCCACUUUUCGCCUGCUGCUUUCAUGCCCGCCCAGACAGUCGGACCGCUUCCUGCUGCCAUGUUUCAGGCACUGGCCCCUAUGGCAAUGUCUGCAUCUUUCGAGAUGCCCACGGCAGCCAUGGGUGGAGCCGUAGCAGGCACCUCUGCCUCCACGGCCUCCAGUCCGCAACACGGAGAGCGCACGCUGCAGAGACAGGCAAAAAUGAACAAGGAAAUGUUUAAGGACUUCCAAAUGGCAAAGCCGCCAGCCAUGCCUGCAAGGAAAAGUGAGCAGCCUAGCCUGUCCUGCACCACAGAUGCUUUCACCAGCUACUUCAGCAAAGUGGGAAUGGCGCAAGACACAGACGAUUGCGAUGACUUUGACAUCUCGCAGAUGAACCUUACACCGGUCACCUCCACCACACCCUCCACCAACUCACCACCCACCCCAGCCCCUCGGCAGAGUUCUCCAUCAAAGUCCUCAUCCCACGCCAGUGACCCGCCCACCGAUGACUCUUUCGGCGAGGCAGAGGGCAGCCCUAGUCGGAGUGGAGAGGAGGAUGCUGCUGGAGACUCCCAGCAGUCUCUGGGUUCGAGCGAGUCUCGAGCAGAGCCCGAGAGCUCAGAGGCGGACAGUCCUCAGGUCGGUAGCUAGAUAGAGGCAGGUCGGGGGGAAGGACCCUCUUUAUGCCCAGAUCAACAAAGUGAAGAAGUGAAGGAUCACUGGAACUCUGCACAGUCAUGAUCAGCACUGGGGGGAGCAGGAGACCAAGACACUUGAUUCUGUGUGUGUGUGUGUGUGUGUGUGUGUGUGUGUGUGUGUGUGUGUAAGUGCGUGCCUGUGUAAGCAAGUGCAUCUAUCCGUAUGUGUGUGAAAGGAAGUGAAUCCAUCUACUUGUGUAUGAGUGUAUGUGAAUUUGUGCUUGUGUGUUUGUAUGAGAGUAGUCUUCAGAGCUCAGCCUGUCCCCCUCUCUUCAGACCAACACAACUUCCUCCAUGUCUCCCCACCUGGAAUGAAUGGGAUGGACUCUCUGUCUUUCUCUCUUUUUCUUUUUCACCACGUUUUCUGCACAUGGACUGACAGUGGGGCAUCAGCAAACAUAAUGACACUCCUCAUAGCCUUAUGAGCCCUGCUCUUGAGCUUCUCUCUCAUCCAAUCACUGUCUUCGUCCUGCUUCCUGUCUCUGUGAAUCUCCCCAAACUAAAACUCUGAAUAGAGAACAAGUGGUAAGGGAAACUCUUGAGGUGACUUUCGGACCCCUGUUCACUUGCACUUGUGCACACUUGCAAGAGUUGGAGAAAUCACCACUUCACCAUCCAACACCGCCACUGACCACAGUAAUCGAUCACAGAGUUAUCCAAGUGGAUCUGUCUGUGAAUUAUGUGAUUCGUCCAUUUGGGUUUGUUUGGUUUUCCUCUCCCAUGUAUUUGAGAUUCUGCUGCUAGAAAGCUAUGCAGAAAUAAAACCACAAACUUUAACUCUCUGUGGACCCUUCAGACAGAGAACCAACACAAGGAGCGUCUUUUGCCAAAUCCCUUUCUCUGGGAAGACUUCGGAGCAGCUUAACUGAUUAGGAUGGAGGGCUCGGAGGGUACGAACAUUGCAGAAACAAACUGAAUCUGAGAUUGAACUGUUCCUUCUCUAUAGCUUUUGUACACUACUAAUGAGAAGAAGAAAAAAACACGACAUUGAAAUGGGAUUUUUAUUUUAUAAGUCAGUGGAGCCCUUGAAGUCAACUUUAGAUGUGUUUAGGGGGUAAACAUGGCUUUAAAAUCUGAUUGUUGGUUUGCCAAACUUGUUUUGUAAAUAAUAAUGAUUAUUAUUAUUAUUAAUAAUAAUGAUGACAAUGAUGAUGAUGAUGACAGCAAAUAAUAACAAGUGAAUAAUGAAUGAUUCCGAUUAUAACAGUGUUCAUUCCAUUCUGUGGACUUCCGUGCCAUAAAAUAGGCUGGCCUUAGUGAUGCAAACUUCUCAUGAAACCCAAGCAAUAUUAACAUUUGUGUCCCAAACUCCAAAACGGUUCACGUUGCCAUCUCACAGUCACAAGCAUGUUGUCAGUAUUUUGUUUUCAGCAGAAUAUGGAGGCUGGGGUCUUUUUAAGUGGCCUGAAACAAAAGAGAGAGACUGUUAUGAGGUUUUAAUGAUUGAAAGGGUCCAGUGUUAAGUAGAUGGUGUCAUCUAUGUUCCAUCUGGUUCUCAGUCUCUCUUGAUCUCUUUAGUUUGUUGUCAAGAGGAAGCUGGUAAUGGUAAUGGUGCAAGACCGGAGCUUCUCAAUGUUUAUGUUAAUGAAUCAAUUAUAAAGAUAAGCAUGCACAUAAAUACAUAUUUAGACACACUCAUUAGACACAUUCAUUGAGACCUUAAAGUCAA